AUGGAGGACCCCACCAACAAAGGAGAGGAGUCAACAAAGAAGGCUCCCGCGGCGCCGUCGUCUUCCAGCGGGAGGAGAGCGAAAGAAGUUUCGGUCAACGCCGUUAAUACGGCACAUCAGGUGCCACAACAAUAUUCGGUGAAUCUCACGACCGCACCGACCACCGCUCCUACCUACUUUCCUCCGCCUCCACAUCACCAACUUCUGUCGAUCUACUAUUCAGCCCCACCGGUCCCACCGCCGACGACCUCACAGUCAUACGACCACUUUGCGCUUGGCCCCGCUCAGCCCUCUCAACCCAGGCCCCCGGUGUCGAGAACUCCUCCACCGGCGCAACAGAAUCCCACUUCGCAGGGUCAACAGGCCGGCGGUGCGCCAAGCCGACCCCGCAAACAAUACUCGCCGCUCCCUGCUCCUCUCUCUCACAUAUAUCGGCAACUCUUGACGGGAAAUCAAAUUCAGCCGAUAUCCCCGGGUCCGAACUUCGACCCGUCCAUCCAAGAUCAAUCCAAGCGCUGCGAAUAUCAUCAAGGCGCGCCGGGGCACACUCUCGACAAUUGUUGGAGGCUGAGGGAUGAAAUUCAGAGGAGGAUCGACAACAACCGACUCACUUUCAAUGCUGUCAGACCCCCAAAUGUGCAGGCCAACCCCCUCCCGGACCAUAGGCCGAGCUCGGGGCCAUCCAUCAACAUGAUCUCCAUACGCGUCUCGGAGAGGGACGAAGAAGCGCAGGAGAAUCCCCCUCCCUUCGUGAUCAAUUACACUCCCGAAGAACUCACGGUCGGGUUCAUGGGACACGUGGCCUCGCCGGCCCCAUUCGUCGUUGACGUCCCCGCUCGGGAGCCAUACUCAGAUAGCAAGGUCCCCUAG